UUGACAGAGCUGGAAAUCUUCGCUAUGAUCUUUGCAGCUGCCAUCCAUGAUUAUGAGCACACUGGAACUACCAACAACUUUCAUAUUCAGACAAGGUCAGAUUCAGCCAUUCUUUAUAAUGACCGGUCUGUGCUAGAAAAUCAUCAUCUUAGUGCUGCAUUUCGUCUGCUGCAAGAGGAUGAGGAGAUGAACAUUUUGUCCAACCUUUCAAAGGAUGAUUGGAGAGAAUUCAGGACUCUGGUGAUUGAGAUGGUACUAGCUACAGAUAUGUCUUGUCACUUCCAGCAAAUCAAAGCCAUGAAGAAUGCACUUCAGCAGCCAGAAGGCAUCGACAAACCAAAAGCCUUAUCACUGAUGUUGCAUACAGCUGACAUCAGUCAUCCCGCCAAGGCAUGGGAUCUCCAUCACCGCUGGACCAUGUCAUUAUUAGAGGAGUUUUUCAGACAGGGUGACAAAGAAGCUGAACUAGGGCUUCCCUUUUCCCCUUUGUGUGACCGUAAAUCAACCAUGGUUCCACAGUCUCAAAUAGGUUUUAUUGAUUUCAUAGUGGAGCCCACUUUCACUGUGCUGACCGAUAUGACAGAGAAGAUUGUAACACCUCUCAUUGAGGAAGCCUCCCACUCUGGCAUGUCAGGAUUUAGGCGUUCCAGUCUGAACAGCAUCAGUCCCUCAGAAGUUAAAAGAUCAAGUGUCAAGAGCACUGGAUCUGAAGGAAGUGCCUCACUCAACUGUUCCAUACUCACUGUGGAUUUCAAAUGUUUUAAAACCACCUGGACUGAGGUGGUACAACAAAACAGAGAGAAGUGGAAAGCACAAGCAGCCAAAGAAGAAAAAGCAAAGAAAGAAGCUGAGGAGAGUUCUCAACAGGGAGUGGAUGAGAAAAAAACAGAAGGACAUGAAGGAAAAAAGCCAUCUGAGGAAACUACUGCCACCAUGUCUGACAAGAGUAAAGAAGGGAAUUCAGGAGAAAGUAAGAGCACAGAAAUAAGUAAGACUAAUGUAAAUGGGACUCAUCAAACCAGUGCUGGCAGGCAUGAAGCUUCUCAAGGGAAAAAUCUAACUCAGGUGGAAAAGGAGACAAAGUCCAACUCAACAGCAGGAGAACAGAAACAGCAGGUACAAAAUGAUACAGAAGAGUAAAAAAAUAAUUUACAUAUAUAAUCAAAAAAGAGACUGCAAAUUUCUCUCUUCAUUAUUCUUCACCUCCUUCCACAAAGACCAAUUUCUGGGGAGGGCGUUAUGCAGCUUUUCAAGCCACUGCUUCUUUUCCUCCUCCCACUGGCUACUUCGCAGUUAAUGACUUUGGGGGCUUUCCCUACACACAUUUUGGUUUUUUGGUUUUUUAAUUUUGUUUUUGACAUGUAAGUGAAGGCUUUGGUUUGUUUUUAUUUUUGGAAAUGAAUUUUUCUCUCGGCAAAAUGACUCCUCUUUGGGGACUUGUGGAUGAAGCAAACGUGAGACAAAUUCUGGCUUGUGGAAAUAAAAACAAAAUCUGACAGGGAGAAGCUGCACAAUGACAGUUCCAUUGAAAAAGUCUUGAAAAACACUGUUGUUUCCAUGAAUUAAUUUUCAUAUCCAAAGAAAGAGAGAAGCAACAGCACUGAACUCUUUAUUAAUUUGAAGCUGUGAUUUAGAACUUUGGCUUUCCCCAAUCCCUGUGUCUUUAUCUUGUUUUUUUAAAAACAGAAACAACAAAAAGAACAAAAAGGAAAGAAAUGUGGCUAUUUUACAGACAAGCAAACUGCUGGAUUCCUAGGCAGCUUUAUAAUAUUUUCAAGAAAUACAUUCUGUAGAUUCCAUUUGCUAGAUGUCUCCUUGGUUUGUAUCUUAUUGUUCAUUGGAUCCAUCAUUUUGUUGGUUUAGUACUCUGGGUGAACGCACUACUUGUGUUAUCUUCUGUAACAAACACAUUUUUUACAAAAGCAUAUCCAUCACUUGAUUAUUUAGAGUUAAUUUGGCAUACACCCCUAAGAAAAACCUUUAGGGAAACAUAUAAACUUCUCCAUUGGGAUUUGUACAGCACAAUAUUUCAUCAUGUAAUAAUCUGAAUUAAAAACUGUUAAUUGACCAACAUAGGCAAACAAACUAUGAUGCCCAUUCUUCUCAGUCAAUUUUAUCAAAUUUUGCUUAACUGCCUAUCAGUUGGAAAUAAGUGGAUCUUGGAAGUUGCAUCUCAACACUGCAAGGUUUGAAAAAAUAAUAAUAAAUUCUUGCCCCUAUAGAUGUGGAAUCACUGGGAAAGGGAACCUUGUGUUGUAUCACAGGACUAUUUGACUCAUGAUGGAAUGUAUUGCUCACCAUCUUUGAAGUAAAUUUCCCCUCACCAUGAGGACAAUGAACAAGAUUAUGUGUAAAAGAUCUUCUGCCAUCAUGGAUCCAUGGUUCAGCUUUGGGCAAGUCAGUAUUUCUCAUUUGUAAAUGGACAUUAUAAAUGAGAAAUUAUGGUGUCUGUGUGUGAGAGGGAGGGAGGGAGAGAAAUGGUGUGUGGCUCAGAUUGAAAUAGUUAGGAAUAAUCCACAUUCAUCUGAAAUCACUUAAUCCAAAUGUCUAUACUUGUUUUAUUUCUUUUAUGACAUAUCCCUUCCCUUCCUCCUUUCUCUUCUUCUCCCCCUCCUGUCUUUCAUAUUAUCUUUAGAAACUUCCAAAAUUUGGUAUGUGAAAAAGGGUGUGAGCAUCUCCUAACAGACCUCUUGCAGAGUUUGAAUAGAACCAUAAAAUUGUUAGUUCUUUUUUCUUGCAGGGUAAACCAGCAUUUGCUUGAUAUUGAUCAUGCCAGGCAUGAAUUAGAGGGAGACAGGCCACAAAUCUUCCUCAUCCUGCCACCACCACCCCAUUUAGAGAGCUUUAGUCAGUUCUUCUCCAUGUUGAAGAGAACAUUCCCUCACAUCACAUGGCAGCUGAUGCUAAGGGAGAUCUAAUUGUACAACCCUCCCCCAACCCAUGGUGAUUUGAGUCAAGAAACCAGAAAGAGAUAAAAAAAUCAACCAGGUUUCAAAUUACACCCAAAUUCCCAAGUGAGGCAAACAAAAACAUCCCAAAAGGAGAAGGGAAAAUGGAGGAAUUUAUUCAGAUCUGAUGUAAUGUGCUGAAGUAAUUUGAAUAAAUGGGCAAAGCUCUCUCCUAGGCAGAAAUGUUUAAUGUUGGUUAUCCCAGAGAGAGAGCCUGGGGAAAUUUUUCCCAGAUACUCACUGAGACAAUCUAAGGCAAAUCACUGACAGAUUUACUCCCCUCAUUGUUUGUGAUGAUAUCCUAUAUUUUAGGAGUAUUUUGCAAGUAAGCAUGAUAAAGACAUAUUGGAAGGAGUAAUACAGAUUGGUGAAGUCAUUGUUCAGUUUUUCUUUGUAGUUUUAAUGGUGGAAAAACAGAAACAGAGCACAGAGUUGAGGUAGCACAGAAUAUGAGGUGGAGGGGACACAGAUACCUAGAAACAUAAACUUUACAAAACCAAAAAUCUACCCUUAUUUUGUUGUAAGCAAACUCUAUGGUAUGCUGAUAGUAUUAUAAAUCUACAAUAGUUUUCAUCACAUUAUUUCUGUAUACAGGGAUAAAAACAAUGCCACAGAAAUUUAUUGUCUGCACAUGCAAUCUGUUUUAAAGUGCAGAUCUAUAUAGGGAUUUGACUACAUUGACAGAUAUAUGGGAACUGCCCUGGGAUUGAGACAGUUUGAUUUCCAUUAUUUCCCAUAAAGUCAAUGUGAGUCAUGUUGCAGAGUUUUGAAUUUCUGGUAAAAUCCCCCUUUGCUACGCAAUAAAAAUACAUAGACUCACAGAGGAAAAUAGCUACAAAUUCCCCAGAGUCCACCUCUUUGUUAAUUAACUGGCAUUUAAA